UUAGAGAAACAAAACAAAAAAAAAAAAUGCCCGCCAAGAUAAACCCUAGAUUCGCAUCUCGAGUAGAUGAACACGUUCUUCAAACUCGGAAGCUUGAUCCAACGCACUGCUUCUCAAAUCUCUUCGUUGUCUUUCCCUAAAUCUCGUUUCUUCUCCGAUGGAGAAAGCGCGGUUUAUCAUCACGCGCGUUUGUUCAAGAAACCAUUAUCGACGAAGCUCAACUUCAAUCUUUUCAACUCCGUGAGCCUUAUGGGUUUCGUUGAUCGACCCAUACGAGUCAUCGACACCGGUCCCGAUAGGUUCGGUGUUUUCACUACGCUUAGAUUGAAACACCCGCUCUAUCCUAACCGGAGCUUUAGGAUAUAUCUUAGUAUGUGGGACGCGAUGGCACGGAUGUGUAUUGCGCAUCUGAAGCCAAAUGAUCACAUACUUGUUUCAGGACGCCUUGCUUCUUACAGCAAGAGCUCCAGUGAUUAUUCUUUCGGCUUAGAUUUUGGUUACCAGGUUAAUGUGACAGAGGUGAAUUAUGCGGCGGUUCCACCAAGCCACGUCUUAGAUUCUCAGAUGUCCGAAAAAACAAUGUCUGCAGCAGAAAAUGGUAUAGAAGAAUCCAAGAAUGAUGAGAUAUACUUGUGGCAAGUCUUCUUUUCGAAUCCGUACGAGUGGUGGGACAACAGGAGAGAUAAGAAGAACCCAAGGCAACCUGACUUUAAGCAUAAAGAUACAGGUGAAGCUCUCUGGCUUGGCUCAGAUUUACCGGAUUGGGUUACUAGACGACUUGAAUUGUUAGACCAGAGAAAGCGUUUAGACAAUGAGGAAAAAACACGUCGUGGCAGUCUUUCCGAGUGGCUUUAGGAUUAGGACGAGAUGUUCUUGAGGUAUUAUUUUACAAGUGUGUUGCAUCAUCCUGAGAAUGAGUGAGUAACCAACCAUCUUAAAAAACCCUUUUUAUAUGGGAUCAGGUUGUAGUUUUGUGAACAUUGUACUCAUCAUAGUGCUCACUCAGAUGAGAAAUAUCUAAACAUGAUUGGUCUUUUGACGUCAAGAACGAGUUUAGUAGUCGCAAUCUUGCUUUAAUGCUAUUUCAAAGUCAAAUAUAUUGGAUUUGGAAGGA